GAGGACUUUGAGGCAGCCGCCGAGGAGGCGAUGAAGGAUCUGCCAUCGUCGAUGUCCAUAGCAGACCAGGAGAAGCUGUACGGUCUCUACAAGCAGUCCAAAUUCGGAGACAACGAGACGUGUAGGGAUGCAUGCAUGCUGCGAACAGCCAUCUCCCACAACGUCGUUUCGCUGACCGAUUCUGUCAAACUGCAAGCAUGGCACCUAAAGAUUGGAUUGUCAGGCAGCUUAUCACAGAACGCAGUGUUCCCCACGACAUUCGAAACGAUGUGGGUCCAACCUUGCGCCCAUAUGUUCUGCUAA